AUGGCCACGACGGCCAGAGAUGAGUCCAUCUCACCAAUGACACGCAGCCCUCGUGCGGCCUCUCCUGCCGCGACGGGAACUGCAGGCGCGCCCGACUCCCUCGCUCCUCCCCCUCCUCCACCGAAAGACGGCCCGCCUGCUCCUCCGCCGAAGGACCUUCCCUCCCCCAGAUCGACCAUCUACGCGAUUGAUCCGACGACCGAGGCAAGAGACUACAUCAAUGGAGGCGUGCCUCACGAUAGCCAAUCUCCUGUUCAACAGCCCGCCAAGCGCCCGACACUGCCGAACCUGAAUUCCGCCGACAGCAUCGGUGCCAGACAAACCCCGGGAGGACUGCCCAUGAUGCCAGAACACAGCACUUACUCUCCCGAGCCUGCGUCCCCGACCGACCGACGAAGCGUGCAGUUUGCUAGGACGGAUCAGGUUUUGGAGCCCCCGGCCAGUCACUCGCGGAACCCUUCGUGGGAAGAUGGCGGCAAGUCCAUUGGGUCUGCAUUCAUGACCAAGCUGAAGCAGUUGACUGGUUCUGGAAGCCUGCAGACUCUCAAGACGAGUAGCUCAGGCAAUUUGAACGACUCGGGCACGCCUUCCCGGAGCAACUCGCCCACAUCUGGUCGCCCGAGAAUACCAGGGACCUUGGACGAGGAUGAUGUUGUCGGCGGAAGCGAUGCCGACGCUGAUGUUGAGACAGCCGACGAGGGCAAUGCCACCGACACUAUCAAACCCAAGAAGAAGAGGAGAAUGCGCAGAUCGAAGAAAGACAAGCCCCAUAUGUCGGUGCCCAGCACUCCUAACUUGAGGCAGUCGCACCUGCCUGGUCCAGACUCCCCUGUUGGGUAUGGACGCAUGGGUGCGCUUCGCCGACGGCUUUCCAUGCCUGACAACACCGAACAACAGCAGCAGCAGCAGCACGGCAUGUCAGAGGGUGAAGGACGCGACCAGCUUGCUGGCCCAUCGUGGAUGCGGUCCCGUAGAGCGGAUGGCACCGAAAGCCCCCUCGGCCCUGGCAGAAGAGGUCACAUGCGCCGGAUCACAGUUCUCGGCGGCGGAGGUGUGUCGGACGGAGACGCGAUAACGACGCCCAAGAGACCCUUCUUUGGUGGCGAGAGAGCGUCGACAUGGAAGUACGUCAAGAACACUUUGAAACUUCUUAGGCAGAAGAAGGAGGACCGUUUCGAUUUCGCCAAAUCAGCAGAACUCAUGGCCGAGCUGCGAGCCGGAGCCCCCGCCGUUCUCAUGCUUGCCAGUAUGAUUCAGAGAGACGAACACGGCAAUAAGAGAAUACCGGUUCUCCUAGAGCAAGUGCGCCUACGUAUUACAGACAGCCAGCCAGAAUCAGAGGACGACGAUAGCGAGCGCCACUGGGUGUUCACCAUGGACUUGGAAUACGGCAGCGGCCCGUCGCGCAUGAAAUGGACCAUCAUCAGAACGCUCAAAGACGUCUAUAACCUGCAUGUCCGUUACAAACUGGCGAUGAGCAACGAUAAGUACUUGCAUGGGCGCGCCGACGUGGGUGCCCGACCUAAGAUGCCCAAGUUUCCAUGGGGCGCCUUCCCGUACCUUCGUGCGGCCCGCAACAAGGACGACAGCGACGACGACGAUGGGGCUAGCAUUAGAGCUGCCAGCCUCAGAGGCGAUGAGACUGGAGCUGAAGGCACUGCUGCGGAAGCAACUGCAGGAGAGGGGACUGCCAGCGAGUGGGAGGGCCGCGCAGGGCCAGGCAAUAGGAAAAAGUCCCGUCUCGGCAUGCUGGGUAUGCGCAGGAAGUCUACCGGCUUGACUGACCCGGGCGAUUCAGGAGCAGAGAACCAAAUCGAAUUGGCCCAGGCGCGGAAGCGCUACUUUGAGAGACAAAGACGAGUCCUCGAGAAGUACCUGCAGGACAUGAUCCGAUGGCUCAUGUUCCGCGCCGACAGCAACCGUCUUUGCAAGUUCUUGGAGCUGUCUGCGCUGGGUGUGCGCCUGGCGGCUGAAGGCAGCUACCACGGCAAAGAAUGCUACCUCCACAUUCAAUCAUCCAAAGGAAUGGACUUCCGCCGAGUACUGACGCCAAAGAAGGUUAUUGCCCGUCACAGCAGAAAGUGGUUCCUCGUGCGGUCCAGUUACAUUGUCUGCGUUGAAUCACCUGAGAAGAUGAACGUCUACGACGUAUACCUCGUGGAUUCCAAGUUUCGCAUUGUUUCUAAGAAGAACGGUCUGAAGCAGCUGGGCAAGGGGAAGGCCAAGGCCGAAGAGAAGGAGAUCGACCUGAUUGAGGAGCCUGACACGGAAAAGCACCACACUCUGACGUUACACACCGCCGAGCGGAAAGUCAAGCUAUUUUCGAGGAACCAGCAUAUCAUGAAGCAGUUCGAAGACUCUAUAGCAGAGAUGCUCAAGCAAACUAAGUGGCAUGACAUCAACCGCUUCGACAGCUUCGCCCCCAUCCGCAACGGCGUCUUCGCACAGUGGCUCGUGGACGGAAGAGACUACAUGUGGAACGUUUCGCGGGCUAUUAGCAUGGCACGCGACGUUAUUUACAUUCAUGACUGGUGGUUGAGUCCUGAGUUGUACAUGCGUCGACCUGCGGCUAUCAGCCAGAAGUGGCGUUUGGAUCGUCUGCUUCAGCGAAAGGCACGCGAAGGUGUCAAGGUCUUCGUCAUCGUCUACCGUAACGUUGAAGCCGCCAUUCCAAUCGACUCGGAGUACACCAAGUACUCCCUUCUGAACCUCCACCCCAAUAUAUUCGUCCAGCGAUCGCCCAACCAGUUCAAGAAGAAUCAGUUCUUCUUCGCUCAUCACGAGAAGCUUGUCAUCGUCGACCAUGAUGUAGCCUUUGUGGGCGGCAUUGAUCUGUGCUUCGGUCGAUGGGAUUGCCCGCAACAUCCGAUCACUGACGAUAAGCCAACAGGUUUCGAGCAGAGCGAGCAGCCCAAGGAUGCGGAGCAUGUGCAGCUCUUCCCCGGCAAGGAUUACUCGAACCCUAGAGUCCAGGAUUUCUUCAAGCUUGAUGAACCGUAUGAGGAGAUGUACGACAGAAGCAAGGUACCCAGAAUGCCCUGGCAUGAUAUUGCCAUGCAGGUCGUUGGGCAGCCUGCCAGAGACUUGACCCGUCACUUCGUCCAGCGAUGGAACUACGUCAAGAGAGGACGAAAGACGACCAGACCUCUGCCUUUCCUGCUUCCACCACCCGACUCCAAGAUGGCAGAGCUUGAUGCUCUUGGAUUGACCGGUACCUGUGAGGUCCAGAUUUUGAGAUCCUCAACCAACUGGUCCCUUGGUAUCGAGCACACGGAAUGCAGCAUCCAAAAUGCUUACAUCAAGAUGAUUGAGGACUCUGAUCACUUUGUCUACAUUGAGAACCAGUUUUUUAUCACCAGUACCGAGGCAUUCAAUACCAAGAUCGUCAACCGCAUUGGCGAUGCACUGGUCGAGCGCAUCAUCCGAGCUCAUGAGAAAGGAGAAGACUGGAAGGCGUGCAUCAUCAUUCCUCUGAUGCCUGGUUUCCAGAACACUGUCGACGAGCAGGAAGGCACCAGUGUGCGACUGAUUCUCCAGUGCCAGUAUCGCAGUAUUUGCCGUGGCGACGGCUCCAUCUUCUCACGCCUUCGCGCUGCGGGCAUUGAACCAGAGGACUACAUCCAAUUCUACAGCUUGCGACAGUGGGGCAAGAUCGGCGCCAGGAACGCUUUGGUGACAGAACAGCUGUACAUCCACGCCAAGUGUAUCAUCGUGGACGAUCGCGUGGCUCUCAUCGGUUCUGCAAACAUCAACGAGCGCUCUAUGCUGGGAAGUCGUGACUCCGAGCUCGCUGCAGUCGUCCGUGAUACCGAUAUGAUCUGGUCGACGAUGGCUGGCAGGCCUUACCGCGUCGGUCGUUUUGCCCAUACUCUGCGUCUCCGUCUCAUGCGGGAGCAUCUUGGAUUGGAUGUGGAUGAGAUACUUGAGGAAGAGAGACAGGCUGAAAUGGACCGGCAGGCCGAGUACGAGGCCGAAAUGGACGAGAUCUAUGCGGAUGACGACGAGACGCCACCUGUCGCCGGACCAAGCGGGCAUUCGAAUGAGAAACCAGCAAAGCCAAAUCUUCCUGGACAAACUCCCAGCUUUAACCACGAUGCCACUGCCGUGCCUGACGAGGCUGCAGACGAAGUAUCAUCGGCGUCGUCCUCUAAGGACAAGGAACUUGACCCUCGAGUCAUGAACAAUAAGGAUCAUGCUCUUGAUAUCGCUGGCUACGGAAAGGAUCACUGGAAGACUGCUGAGAAGCUCGGUCUUGACCAAGGCCGCGACUCUGUCAUCGUCAAUGGUCGUGAAGUGCUCGUCAAUGGCGUCUUUUCCGAAGGCAAGGGUACCCUGGAGACUCCCAUGCAGCCGCACGAGCGCAAGACCUCGGUCGAGCAUCAUAUCGAGGAGGAUAAUUGUGUCAGCAACGAUGCGCUGCCGCCGAUUCCUGCUCUCAAUCGACGCACAACCGACCAGCUUGGCCUGCCUCGCAUCGCUGGACUUCCUACCUUACCCGCUGUGGAUGACACUGAUAUCGGUGGUCCUCCAGUUCACCUCGAUCAGAACGGCCAACCGACAAAUGGACCUCUUCAUCCUCUCGCUGCAGACAUCAGGCAGGCACAUAUCGACAAGGACUGCAUGCGUGAUCCGAUCAACUCGUCAUUCUUCGACGAUUGUUGGAACCGUGUCGCAGAAAACAACACCAAGCUGUAUCGCCGAGUGUUCCGGUGCAUGCCUGAUUCGGAAGUACUCACCUGGCCUGACUAUCAACAGGCUACACAGUACGCAGAACGUUUCAGAGAGAGCCUUGAGGGGAAUACGAAGACGGAGGAAGACCCAAAUCUGGCUCGGCACCAGUCCCCCGUCACUGGCGGCGGUGCUGGAGUAGGCGCACCAGGUCCUGCUGCUGUCGUCAAGGCGGCGGCUGAGAAGACAGAAGAGAAGCUGCCUCAUCCCACCAUCAUUAUUCCUGGAAGCGACAACCACAGAGGCGGUACCGCGGAGUCGGACGAAAGAGAGAAGAAUGACGAGAAAGCUGCCCUUCGAUCACCAGAAGCCCCGUCACCUGUUCUUCCCGCGGGUGAUGUACCAUUCCCGGCUUUCGAAGUUGGCUCCCCUGCUCCUGACGGACUGCUCGAUCCUGCCCGUGAGAAGAGCAGAGAACGGAAGACAACGUUCUCUCCUCUUGAAAAGCCCCCGUCCAGAGAUGUCAGCACCCCGGCGCAGCAAGCUCAAGGAUCGGUCAAACGCCGCCGACGAGCCACUACUAAAGGCAGUCGGCGCGGUCAGCCGCCCGAGGAGGUGCUUCCGAGAGCGGAAGCAGAAGAGUUGUUGAAUCUCAUCCAAGGCCACGUCGUACAGUUCCCUUACGACUGGCUGCUCACGGAAGAGCAAAAUGGAAACUGGGGCUUCCAAGUUGACGGCGUUGCACCUCUACAAAUUUAG